GUUUUAGAUUAAAGAUGUAUGUGUGAUAUUAAGCUGUUCUUUCAAUAUCAGUUUGUGUACUCUUGGGUUUUGAAAUGGAGAUUUCGGUUCAUUGUGUUCUCCUGGUUCUAGUUUUAAUACCAUCUACCUUACAAGAAAUACGACUCAGGUGACCCUUGGAGUAGGAGAGGAGAGGGUGGUGGGGAAACCAAUGUUUAAGUGGGUGGCGAAUAUGCACGGAAACGAGGCGGUGGGGAGGCAGAUGGUGAUCUUCAUGACUCAGUACCUUCUUAGCAACUACGGGAUCGAGGACAGGGUUACGAGGUUGUUGAACAAUACUGAUAUCUGGUUGAUGCCGUCCUUGAACCCGGACGGGUUCGCUGCCGGUCAGGAGGGGGACUGCGGUAACCUUCAGUCCGGCGGGGCGGGCCGGGAGAACGCUCACAGACAAGAUCUAAACAGAAACUUCCCCGACCAGUACAGGGACGGACAAGAUCAGAACUCCCUGCUGACUGGACGGGAACCGGAGACCCUGGCCGCCAUGACCUGGAUCGUUUCCAACCCGUUUGUGCUCUCUGGGAACCUGCAUGGCGGUUCUGUCGUCGCUAGCUAUCCCUUUGACGAUAGUCGGAGUCAUAUCAUGGAGGGAGCGUACUCCGCGGCUCCGGAUGACGGGAUGUUUAAGUAUCUUGCCAUUGUUUACGCUUCUAAUCAUAAAACUAUGUUUAGAGGAAACCUUUGUGAAGGCGACAAUUUUCCAGGUGGAAUUACGAAUGGAGCACACUGGUACGAUGUUCCUGGCGGUAUGGAGGAUUUUAACUAUCUUCAUUCAAACUGUUUUGAAAUAACUAUGGAGCUCUCCUGCUGUAAAUAUCCUAGAAGGCAAGUACUCCCGGGGGAGUGGUCAAACAACAAGGAGUCAAUGCUGGCCUACAUGGAGUCCAUACACCUGGGGGUGAGUGGGCUGGUUCAGGAUGAGGCCGGAGAAGCCAUAAAUAAAGCCAUAAUUUCCGUGGUCGGAAUAAAUCAUAAUAUUACUAGCACAGAGCGUGGAGAGUACUGGAGACUGUUACCAGAGGGUGAAUAUACUCUGGUUGUGAGUGCUGUAGGAUAUGAAACCUCUGCUCCGCAAUCAGUCAUUCUCUCCAAAACUUCUCCGUCCAAGGUUCUAAACAUUCAAUUAGUAAAACGAUCUGUUCAGACGGAGACAACUGAUAUCACGGAGACGCCCGAACCUACUGAUACGUCCUUGCGAUUAAAUUCCGAUGGAUUUCUGACCUCUCCUGAUUUUGUUUAUCAUCACUAUGACGAUCUUCACAACUAUAUGAGCUUCUACGCUCACAGGUUUCCUAACAUCACUCGUCUUUACACCAUUGGGAAGUCAGUGCAAGGACGUGAUCUAUUUGCCAUUGAGAUUUCCGACAAACCGGGAGUUCAUGAGCUGGGAGAACCCGAGUUCAAGUAUGUAGGCAACAUGCACGGAAAUGAGGUUGUCGGGAGGGAGAUACUCCUGGUACUUAUUAAAUACCUGUGCGAGGGAUACGGGAGAAACGAGAGAGUGACGAAGAUUGUUGAUUCCACUAGAAUUCACAUCCUACCGACCAUGAACCCGGAUGGGUUUGAGAAUGGUCGAGAGGGGGAUAGACAAUCUCUAGUUGGACGCCCCAAUGCGAACAACAAAGAUUUGAAUAGAAAUUUUCCAGAUCAGUUUUUCACCAACGAGUAUAACAGUGUACAAGAACCGGAAACGGCGGCCAUCAUGUCCUGGUCUCAACAGUAUCCGUUCGUACUUUCGGCCAACCUACACGGCGGCUCUCUUGUCGCAAACUAUCCGUUUGACGAUACUCCGAACCCUACGGAAACCAGUGGAAAUAGCUAUCCUAGUCCGGAUGAGGAAACAUUUGUGUAUCUUGCCAAGAUUUACAGUUUAAACCAUCCAAGGAUGAAGCUUGGAACCGCUUGCCCCGGGUCCGGAGAUCACUUUGAGUCUGGGAUCACGAACGGAGCUAAUUGGUACAGUGUAGCAGGAGGUAUGCAGGACUGGAACUAUCUCAACACUAAUGAUUUCGAGAUCACCCUUGAGCUAGGCUGCAUUAAGUACCCGGAGCGUAAGAACCUUCCGACCUUCUGGCAGGAGAACAAGGAGUCUCUCCUCAAGUACAUGGAGGCAGUCCACAUCGGAGUUAAAGGUUUCAUCACGGAUACAAACAAUAAUCCGGUUGUUAACGCGAGUAUAACUGUUGAAGGGUUAGAUCAUGAUAUAAGAAGUACUGCGGAGGGUGAAUUCUGGAGACUUCUUGCUCCAGGUACUUACAAGAUCACUGUCAGUGCUCCGUUCUACAAUCCAACCUCACAAACUGUAGAAGUAUCCAAUAUAGAACCAACAGCUACAGUAUUAAACUUUACCCUCUCCCCUGACGAGUCCGAUCUCUGGUCCAAAUCCAAUGAUUUCAACCUUGUAAAGAACCUAGACCGGAGUUCUUAUAUGCUUAACGACGACAUUAAAUCCGCCAUUGCUGAUAUAGAGAACUCCUACUCUUCUUUAGCCGAGGCACUCAUCAAUGAGGCGGACUGGCAAAUGGUGGUUCCUGGUUUAAGACUUGCCCUGGAUCCGGAUAGUGCUCUAACCGAUUCUAUUCCUAAAGUAAAGAUUCUACUGGUUGGGGGACUAUACGGAGCUCAACCGAUCGGACGAGAACUAUUGAUCCGUCUAGCUCGGCAUAUCGGAGAGGGAGUCAAGGUUGGAGACAAUGUGAUCACAAUGAUCUUGAAGAAUGCCGAAAUCUAUAUCCUGCCUGCCGUUGACAUGAACGGGUUCAAGAUAACGGAGGAGUCCCAAUGCUCCUACAAGGAUGUAUCUAGGAUGAACCAGGAGACUGGAAACCUGUUCUCCGACCCCGUCAAAGAUCCUGCCGCCAGGGCAGUUGAGUCCCUCAUGUCUCAGGUUCAAUUCGACUAUGCACUGAGUAUAGAAGGGAACGGAAUGUUUGUGAGAUAUCCUUGGGACACGCCGGGUUCCGGAGAACUGGAGAUUACCGGAGUCCUGGAACAUCUCGCCAAUACGUAUUUAAAGUCUCAUCCUAUCAUGUACAACACAUCAGAUCCCUGUCAGGGAAAGAAUAUUAAUGGAAAACAGCUGGAAAAAGAAACUUUCCCAAUGGGCAGCGUUGAAGGGAGUAAAAUUCUUCCCACCCUGUACACUAAUUCUUUCCUGGAUUUUGCUUGGAAAAAUUUCCAGGUUCCCGCCAUUUCCGCGCAUAUUUCAUGCUGUAACUUUCCUAAAUCAAAAACCAUUCUCGACUAUUGGAAAGAAAACAUGGCGCCAUUGCUCAAGGUUCUCUCCCGAGCACAUCAAGGAGUCUGGGGAACCGUCCUGGAUGCACAAAACAAACCUAUAUCUGGAGCCAGUAUCAAACUAGUAGGACGAACUGUUAUGACAGGUUCGGACGGAAAGUUUAUCUCCGUGUUACCAGCAGGUUCCUUUAAAAUGGAGAUCUCUUGUAAGGAGCAUAUCACUAAGCUGGUUGGAUUCUCCGUGACGGAUGAUCUGAUGACUCGACGUGAUGUAAUCCUGGAGAGUCGAGCUGUAUCAAACCUGGUUUAUCAUAAUCUAACCCAGAAGACAACAUCUCUAAACUCUCUGGUUGUUCAAUACCCAAGUUACGUUCAGCUUCUCAAGAUGGAAUCCAACACUGUGCUCAGGAUUAGUAAAGAUUUAGGGUCGGAUAACCGUCCUCCUAUCCUACUCUUCGGGUUCGAUAAACUCGGCUCAGAGAUUGCAGUAAACCUGGCCGAGUUCUUAACAACCAGGAUGAAUAAGGAUGAUAUGAUAACCGUCCUACUGGAAACCUAUGAUUUGUACGUUGGAUUCCCGGACCUGGAGUAUCCUAGUAGUUCUAGCUCCGAACCCUGCUCCGAGCAGGACAGGAGGGAGAUGAAGAUGGUUUCUGAGCUUAAAAUGCACGAAGACAGGUUCAAGUGUUUGCUGAGUUUAGGUUUCUACUCGGGUAGCUCCAGCAUCUUCAUACCACAAGGAGAAGAUGCCAGUGGGAUGAAAAAGAUUGCCGACGGUUUUCAGGGUGCCUCCUCUACCCUUGCCAGGUGUAGUGGAGAACCUGGAGCAGGGCGGACAGUUACCCCGACCUCUCGUAUCUCUGGUCCUGCCGCCAUGGUGGGGUUAUCCUGUUGCUCACAACCAGAUAAUCUGGGAGAAAUUUGGGAUUUUACAAAAAUGUGUGUUGUUGAGAGUUUAGUUGGAGUCCAGGGAGUACAUAUCCAUAUAAGCGAUGUUUGGAGACUUGUACCUGCUGGGUUCUGGACUUUAGAGAUACAAGUAGAAGGGUUUAAACCUACAUCAGUUAAUGUUACAGUGUAUCCAGGCGAGGUUCGUCAUAUCAGAGCUAGAGUUGAAUCAAGCAGUAGAGUUCCGGUCCUUGCUGUUUUUGCCUUCCUAGCUACAGGAAUAACCGUGUGUAUCCUGGGUUAUCUCUCCUGCAAGAUGGAUUCAAGAAAUCCUAAAUCAGAGCGGAGUUACUCAUUUAAACCGUUGAAACGGAAGGAUGAUCUGUUCAGUGAUGAUAGUGAAGAUGAUCUACAAUUAGAUGAAGAUUUGAAGAGGAUGGGUAUUGAUACUGAUUAUCAGAACUAUUCCGGAUCUGAAUCCUCAGAUAUUGAAGAUCUUCUCCUUACUAAACCUUAACCCUGGAGUAAGGUUGGAUAGAAUGUGCCUUCACGAACAGAUUGAAGAUCUUCUCCUUACUGAACCAUAACCCUGGAAUAAGGUUGGAUAGAAUGUGCCUUCAUGUACAGAUCUGUACAUAUUUGCUUAAUCUUGUACAGAUUAGCUGUACCUUACAACAGUACAAUAUAAACAAUAUUUGUACAAUGUACAAUGCAAUAAUUAGGUGAAGCAAGAAGUAUAAUGCCAUUAAUGUCUCAAAUGAUAUAUUGUACUUAUUUUUCUGUUGAUUUUUAUUUCAGAAGAAAGUGAUCUGAAUGACCAUUCUGUCCGAUCUUUUAAGUUUUUGUUUUGAACAAGAAUUUAAUUUGUAUCAUGUUUACAGUUUUGAGAUUAAUAUUAUCUGCAAUAUUGUCAGUAUUAACUAUCCUUUAAAUCCCACCUUUUAUAGAUUCGGGGGCGGCUAAAAAACAAAAGUUAUAAAGUGUUUGAGGGAAAUGCCGGUUCUAGUACAAUUCAAUUCCAUAGAUUUGUACAUUAUGUACUAUAUGUACGCAACAAUUUCAAAUCAAAUAGUUCCAUUCAUGAGAUUUAUUAUUUAUUUUUAUCUAAACGUUUGAGCUUUUUUGUAAUUUUUUACAAAAAGUUUUAUUAGCUUAAAUAUAGACUGAUAGGCUU